UCCUCCUCUGCUUUUCUCUCAGGUACAUGCGGCCCUUCCAGUUGCUUGUCGGGGGGGUGGUGGUCACCGUGUUAUUCCUGGGCUUUGUAUGGGCUGCCGAGAACCAGGCUCCCAUUCGCCGUUUCCGUAGAAACCACCCAUCAAUCUCUGUGUUUGCUAUUCUUUUGGUCAGUUAUCUAUUCAUAUCGGUGCUGGGAGGAGUGGCCGUGUUCCUGUUUGGGAUAGCCUUCCCUAUACUGAUGGUUCUUGUCCAUGCGUCGGUGAGGCUGCGCAGCCUGAAGAACAAGCUGGAGAACAAACUGGAGAGCAUCGGCCUGAAGAGGACACCCAUGGGAAUCCUGUUGGAGGCCCUGGGACAGGAACAGGAGGCUGGAUCCUAGAGAGGGGGGGGAUCUGUGAGGGGGGUGUGUGUGAUGUAACAUCUAAGGUAAAUUAAGAGAAAAAUGGAUAUGAAGUAAGUGUAAAAUAGGACAAGAAGAACAAUGUAGGAGAAGGAGAACAUUCCUACAAGUAUAUAUGAAUGUAAUCUCCAAAAGUGUUUAGUGUUAAGAAAAGGAAACAGGAAAUUAUUCAUGUGGAUCCACAGUGUGUCCCUACUGUAAACACAGUGCAAAAGUGAUUUAGUGCAAUAGAUCAGUUAUUCAAUGAUGACAUAAGAUGGACAUAUAGAUCCUGACUUCGAAUGAUUUCCCCUUUUUAUUUAGAGUUUACAUCGUUUUUUGUUCCCUUGAAACAUAAAUGCUUAAAUAAGGUGAGAGAAUAGGAGAUUUUAUAUGAAGAACAAAGCUCCAAGAUGAGCAAAAAGACUUGAUACAGGACCAACAGGAGCAUAUAGAAGUGAAAGAAACAAAUGAAUAAUUUCAUUUACUACAUUUCAAAGCCUGUUUUUAUCCAUAAGACUAAGCUGACCUGCCCUAUGGCGGCAACAUUAGCUCACAUGCUGAACAUUAUCUGCUAGUGUAAUCAUCAGUAAGUUAGCAUUCUGACAUUAGCAUUAAGAUCACAGCACCAAUAGCAUGACUUGGUAUUUAUUAAUUGCUUUUUUCUUAAUUGUCGAGCGUAUUAUAUUUUGUAUUGCCUUUAUGACCACUAUUACAUGUUUUUGUCUUCCCAAUGCCAGCUUUUGCUUUUAAGUAUUAAGCAUUUUUGACAUUUGUAAGUUUUGUCAGUAUCAGCGCCCUGCAUAUGCGUAUGUGCCAUUGUAGUAUUGAAAUUUGCUUAUGUUUAUGACAGUUUUGGGGUUUGAACACGUGACUAUUCGGUUACAUGGCUCUCCAUCAGUGGUUUGUGUUCGUUAAGCGGCAACCUCCCAUUCUGAAAAGCGCCUUAAACCUCCAUUCUAUCUGAUAUCCAUCAGGCUCCACUUGUAAAAUGAAGUCUAUGAGGAAAUGACCCCUACUUUUUACUUAAUUUAUUGCCUCAGUUAACAUUUUCCUGAUGAGUUUAUGGUCUCAAUCUCUGCCUUAAAGUCUUAUUCAAUACAUCAAGAGUGUAAAAGUAAAAUAAAAGAUAAAGCAGAGUAUGCAUUAGGGCGGGGCUACCUUGUGACAGAUCGCUAACAGUGUUGUCCGGUUUACAUUUAACCCUUUCACAAUAUGUGUUGACUCAAAGUUAUUUAUAACAUCGCCUUGUUCAGAGUUUGGUUGUUUUAAUCUCCACCCUUUUUUGUUACUUCUGGUUACAAUAAAACAAGAUGAUGACCGAAAGAGACGCAGUACUCCAAACUUCAAAAUGGUAGAACACAAACCUGACCAAUGUGGUAUUGGCCCUGCAUCACUAGACACAAGUCAAUAAAAAUACUUUUAUCUUAGCAGAAAUAAAUGCUUGUUGGUCUAUCUAUUCUUGUUUAUGACAGCGCACAUUUAACCAAUUUUACGGGCGAUGAUUCGGAAUGUUCCGUGUUGCCUAGCAUUCAGAUGAAUACAUGCAUUAUGACUCACCGACACCAUGUUUUGCCAAAAGCUGGUAUUUAUUUCAGGUUUUUUUCUCCAAAUAAAACAUGAAUGCUG